AUGGCUCCCAAGGCCGCCAUGCCUAAGGCUCCGGCGGCGCCGACGCGCAGCACGCCGCCCCCUGAAGCUCCCGAGGAGCCCGGGGACGACUACGACAUGCCCGUGAUCGUCAAAGUGCGACCCGACGACCAGCUGGAUUUGAGCCCAGAGGAGCUGGAGAAGGAAGUUCCCCCGCGCGUGCUGUACCCGCUCAACCCCAGGGCGCCGCACAACACGACCCAGUACUCCUUCAAAGAGAAGUGCUUCAAGACGGAUGAACAGGUAGAUCAGAUUGUCAUGCACUUCAGCAUGGAUGGUGGCAUUCUCUUGAAAGACAGCCCCGAAGCUCAAGAUCAAGAUGAGGUUCUCGACAAGAAGCAGCAGGAACAGACGGAAAGAGAGAGCCAAGAGGCCAUCGAUGAAGACUUCGACCCUCCAGAGAAUGACAAGGAGAUUCCAAAGAAGAACCCUCUCCGCAACCAGUUCAACUUCAGCGAGCGGGCUGCCCAAACGAAGAACCACUUGCUGCGGGAGCGUGCUUGGACAACCCAGCCGCCCCCCACAACGCGAAACUACGGUACCGUCACGCAGUGGGAAAUCUUUGACAAGUACAUGGCGGACAUCGAGUUGGCGAAGGAGAAAGAGAAAGAAGAAAAGAGCAAGUCGAAGCUCUCCUAUGAUGACCUCGCUGAUCAGAAGAAGAAGAAGGGCGAGACAGAUCCCACCUACUCAGAGAACAUGAAGCUUUCCAUCAAGAUCAUGGAGCGCAUGGUCAACCAGAAUGCAGAGAAUGAAGUCUACCACGACUUCAAGUUCUGGGAGGAUCGAAGUGACGAGUUCCGCGACGGAGAAGGGACACUCUUGCCCCUGUGGCGUUUCUCCUCAGAGAAAGCGAAGAAGAAGCAGGUCACAUGUAUCAAAUGGAAUCCUCGAUACAAUGACCUGUGCGCCGUUGGCUUUGGUUCUUACGAUUUCAUGCGGCAGGGCACCGGGGUCAUUUGCUGCUACUCGUUGAAGAACACACGAUUCCCCGAGUACGUGUUCAACACAGAUGCCGGUGUUUGCUGUCUGGAUUGGCAUCCUGCUCAUCCAGCUGUCUUGGCAGUCGGACUCUAUGACGGCACCGUCCUUGUCUAUGACGUGCGCGCAAAGACCAAGAAGCCCAUCUACCAAAGCACUGUUCGUACCAACAAGCACACGGAUCCAGUAUGGGAAGUGCGCUGGAAUGACGACGAAUCCACUGGAGCCAUGAAUUUUUAUUCCAUCUCCUCUGAUGGACGAGUGUCAAAUUGGUUCUUGUUGAAGAACAAGCUGGAGAGUGAAGAGGUCAUGGAGCUCAAGCUGAUCUCCGCUGCCGCGGGCGAGGAUGAGACAACUCUGGCAGGUCUUGCAGGAGGUCUUUGCUUUGACUUCCGCGGCGGCAAGGAGAACCACCUCUUCUUAGUUGGCACGGAAGAAGGACGCAUCCACAAAUGCUCCAAGGCUUUCUCUGGCCAGUACCUCGAGACCUAUGAGGGGCACACCAUGGCGGUCUACACCGUUCGCUGGAAUCCUUUUCAUGACAAGAUCUUCAUCUCAGGGUCGGCUGACUGGACGGUCAAGCUCUGGAAUCACGACAGCCGCCAGCCGAUCCUGUCCUUCGACUUAGCGCAGGCAAUCGGAGAUGUGGCCUGGGCGCCAUAUUCAUCCACCACCUUUGCCGCCAUCACGUCCGAAGGUGCAGGCGGCUCGACCAGCGGGGUGGUCCAUAUCUAUGACCUAAAUGUGGACCGCAACAACCGUGUGUGUGAGCAAAAGGUCGUGAAGCGCGCAAAGCUGACCCAUGUUGCCUUCAGCACCAGCGAGCCCAUCAUCAUCGUUGGUGAUGACCGCGGGGGCGUGAACACGCUGAAGCUGUCUCCGAACCUGAGGAUGGGAGUCGCUCGAACGGAGGACACCGACCCCAACCUCACGGACUGGGACCUUCAGAUCCAGAAGAUGGAGCACCUCAUGGAGAUGGUCACGGAGACGAAGGUGGGUGUGGCAGAGGGCACCAUGGCGCUCCUAGAGCAGGACGUGCCCUUCUUCUCGCAGUUGACCGUCCGGGAAACGAUAUGCUUCGCAGCGCAGUUGGAGGGCAUGUCCACCAGCACGGCGGCAAGGGAAGCAGCCACCCUUCUGAAGAGGCUGAGGCUUGAGGCAGUGGCUGAUCGGCGAGUCGGCGAGCGCUACAUCGGCAGCUCAGGUCAGGGCUUGUCUGGCGGCGAACAGCGCCGCCUGGCGCUUGGCUGUGCGCUCGCCGGGGAGGGCGGAACGCAGAAGUCCAAAGCUCUGCUGGCAGACGAGCCCACAACUGGUCUGGACACCUUUCAGGCUGCGGACAUGGUUCAGCUUCUAUCAGAGCUUGGCAAGGCUCGUCGGUGCGCGACGAUCCUGACAAUCCAUCAACCCAGAUCGUCUGUCUGGAGCAUGAUUGAGGACGUGUUGCUUUUGGCGCCUGGGGGUCGACCUAUCUUCUGUGGUGCCACAGAGGAGGCCCUCCGCCAUCUCGAAGCUCUGGGACACAAGUGCCCUCGCGAGGGGGUAAAUCCUGCUGAUUUCUUGAUUGACUUAAUCUCGGUGCACACUGGUGGUCCAGAAGCCGAACAAGACCGCGAGAGAAUAGGAAGGCUGGCGGAUGCCAUGGUUGGCACAGAGGAGGUGGCCGUUGAAGGGAAGAGUGCCUCUUCCCCUGGUGUUUCGCGACUCGGUGGCUUUGAUGGUUUUUGCCUCCUUCUUCGAAGAGCCUGGCUUCAGACCUCCCGAGACAAGGUGACGAACCUCUCCCGUCUGCUGGCCACAGCCGGACUAGGUCUGAUCUUUGGCGCCCAGUUCGGCUACUUCGGGGAUGAGAUGUCUGCAGUGAGUGUCACCUCACGUGUUGGAUUGCUCUCCUUCGGCUCGAUAUCCAUGGCUUUCAUCGGCGAGAUGAGAGCCUUGGAUCAGUUCGCUAAAGAGAAGAAAGUCGUCGGGCGAGAGCGUGCUGCUGGCUACUACAGCGGUUUGACGUAUCUCUUUGCCAAAGCGGUGGCUGAGCUGCCGUCAGAUGGACUGUUUGCAUGCUUCUUCGCAUUGAUGGUGCACGCCCGCUGUGGUCUCCGCACGCCUUUGGUAGCUUUGGCAGCUGUCUAUUCCCUCGUCGCGCUCGUCUGUGCAUCCCUUGGGCUCGCGAUAGGAGCAGCUAUUCCCAAUGGGGAGCGAGCGAUGACUGCCGGCAUUCCCAUCAUGACGGUGCACAUGCUGACUGGCGUCAUUGACCCAGCCGGUGGCGCUGCAGGCUCAUGGCAGCGUGACCGGGACACUUUUGUUAGCAUGAAGACUCCUCCCCUUGGCGCGGCAGCCUCGCCCAGCGCUUCAAUGAUCGCCCUGUUGAGACCUGAGUCCUCAGCUCUUGGGGUGUUUGACAUGGCUCGGAUGAGAAGGGUUCUGAGGCGAAGCAUCUCGCCCAUCCGCUAUGCCAUCGAGGCUGACUUUGACUCUCGGGUUGAAAGCCGCAAGUCCUACAGUGCACGAGACCCCCAGCGCCGGACGAGCGUCAUGGCGGGCAACUUUAACCUCCAGCGGAUCCUGGGGAAUAUGCCAGGCAUGGCAGGCGGUGGCCAGCAGCCGCAGGAAGAUGCGUCGUUGACUGACACCGCUGAGCAGGUCUACAUCUCCUCACUGGCAUUGCUGAAGAUGCUUAAGCAUGGCCGGGCUGGAGUUCCAAUGGAGGUUAUGGGCCUCAUGCUGGGAGAGUUCAUCGAUGACUACACAGCCACAUGGACCAGUGGAAAUGGAGUUCGCGUCGUGGACGUCUUUUCGAUGCCUCAGUCAGGCAACAGCGUGAGCGUCGAGGCAGUAGACCCCGUGUUCCAAGCGAAGAUGCUGGACAUGCUUAAGCAGACAGGAAGGCCGGAGAUGGUGGUCGGUUGGUACCACUCUCACCCCGGCUUUGGGUGCUGGUUCUCGGGCACGGACAUCAACACCCAGCAGAGUUUCGAGCAGCUGAAUCCACGGGCCGUGGGUGUGGUGGUGGACCCGAUCCAGUCCGUGAAGGGGAAGGUGGUGAUCGACUGCUUCAGGCUCAUCAACCAUCAGAUGCUGAUGCUGGGGCAGGAGCCGAGGCAGACAACGUCCAAUAUUGGGCACCUGAACAAGCCCAGCAUCACAGCCUUGAUCCAUGGCCUGAACCGUCACUACUACUCCAUCGCCAUCAACUACCGAAAAAAUGACCUGGAGCAGAAGAUGCUCCUAAACCUAGGCAAGAAGAAGUGGCAGGAUGGUCUGAAGCUCACCAACUUCGACACGCAUGAAGGUGAUAAUGAGAAGACGGUGAAAGAGAUGCUAGACCUCACUGAGAAGUACAACAAAGUCAUUCAGGAAGAGUUCAAAAGCACCGAAGACGAGUUCGUAGUCAACCAGGCCACUGCAUCCUAG